ACCAAUUGUUUCAGGUCUCCAAUUUCAGCUUACCAAGAAGAAAUCAAGCACAAAACUUCCCUCCAGUGCUCCUUGGGGUAUUUGAGCUUCUUCGCUUACCUUAACAUCAAUUUUGUCUCGUCAUACACUAUGAACUAUUAUGAAGAUACCUAUGAAAAGUUCAAUCCGUACUUGAACAAGACUUCAGUAUACCGAGAUUUCGUAUACCCUAUGUGGCUUCCUUUCGAUUAUUCUGUAUCCGAUGGGCAUUACUUUUUGACUUUCAUGUAUCAACCAAUAGGGUAUUAUGUGCUAGUAGGAGGAUUUCUCACUUUGGACUGGUUAUUCCUCAAUAUUAUCACACAUUUGAGAAGCCAAGUAACGGUUAUAGCAUUCGCCUUGACCCAAGUGGAUUGCAAUAUUCCAGGGAAAAGAAGUUUCAAGUCGGACAAUGUCCAGGAAAUGAGGAUAGUCAAGUGCAUCCAAGAACUUGAUGUAAUAUUAGGCCUGGCAGAGAAACUGGACAGUUUGAUAACUGUGGCGGUUUUUUCCACCUUCUCAUCUUCAUUAUUAAUUCUUUGUUGUUUGUCCUAUCUAGCUACGGUGUUGAGUGCUUCGUUUCAAAUAUCUCUUUAUGCAUCAAUAUUUGGUGUUACUUUGAUCGAAAAUUUUGUUGUCUGUUGGUUUUGUCAAGAAUUCACAUCAGAGUUCUUUAUUGUUUUGAGGAAUGUUUACGAUCUUGACUGGUUGCGCUACUCAACGAGUUUGAGAAGAAAAUUGGUUAUUUUGAUGACAAGACUUCAAAAACCGCCAACCUUCACUUUGCUACGAUGGUCUAAUAUCGACAUGCUUUUAUUCAUAAAAGUUGUGCGACUGGCAUCCUCAUUCUAUACAUUGUUAUCAAACAUCAAUGGAAAGUAAUGGACAUAAUAAUAUGAUAAAUGCAUUGAACG